AUGACUAGGCUGGCUAGAGAGGGCAUUUCCUUAUGGAACAUUCCAGAUCAUCUAAAGGCUUCUUUCACAGUCAUCUUCUAUGGAUAUGACUCGGAAGCUCGGAACAAGGCAUCUGAAGUAUUAGGAUUGGUAGGCGAUUUGACAGAGGCCUCCUGGACAACUGCAGACAUUCGAAUUUUCUGUGACGACAACCACUGGGAAAUGUUACCAGAUGAUCAGCUCACCCCGGAUCAAGUUCCUGAAGACCACUCUCCGGGCGAACCAGUCGCGUUCGAUCCCAUCAACGAUGUAUAUCUGAAUGAGAAACCUUGCGCCGAAUCGAAUAUUGUUUAUCGGAUCUCACGGAGGCCCCAAAGAUCCCCUGAGCUCCCAAUGCAGCUCACCAUCACAUGGUGCGGGGAAUUCUGGCCUACGAGUCGUUUUUUUACACUCAAAGAUCCGCCUCAAGAUGUGACCUUCAGGCAUACACAAAUGGACGCAAUUCGGUACGCCUGUUUAACUCCUCUAUUCGUGGCCAUACUACUAGAUGCUGUAUAUCCCGACGUGUUUUAUUGUAUUUUGGCACUCUUAGAAAAGACGGGUUAUAAGCUGAUACAAGAGCCACAGUUUAUCGGAGCCGGAUGGGUCCUGAGAGCCGAUGAAUAA